AUGUCUAGUGGCGGUGCAAGCAAUUCCAAUAAUGGCGCUAAUAACAGCGCUAAAGCCAAUGCUGAGCGCGUUAAAAGACCUAUGAAUGCCUUUAUGGUCUGGUCAAGGGGUCAACGUAGAAAAAUGGCGCAAGAAAAUCCCAAAAUGCAUAAUUCAGAAAUUAGCAAGAGAUUAGGUGCCGAUUGGAAGCUAUUGUCAGAUGCGGAUAAACGACCCUUCAUCGACGAAGCCAAGCGUUUAAGAGCAUUACACAUGAAGGAACAUCCUGAUUACAAAUAUAGACCUAGACGUAAGAACAAAGCGUUACUGAAG